AUGGUAACUUUGGAUCCGGCGCUCUACACCGUCGCAUGGAUCGCCCCGCUCCAGAUCGAGACUCGAGCGGCCCUGUACAUGCUGGACAACGAGCAUGACGGCAGGUUCCGUUUGGGCCGGGGCGAUGACUACGUGUUCCACGCUGGGGACAUGUGCGGGCAUAACGUUAUCAUUGCAACGCUGCCGGCCGGCCAAGAGUACGGCACAGGUUCCGCGGCCGCCCUCGCCGAUCGGGUGAAAACCUUCUUCCCCAAUCUUUGGUUUGGACUGCUGGUGGGGAUCGCUGCCGGCCUCCCGAAGCUCUCUGGGGAUCCCAUUCGUGAUGUCCGUCUCGGCGACGUGCUCGUCGCUCUUCCUACCCCGAAUACCGCCGGCCUUAUACCCUACGACCUCGGCAAGGAAACUGAGAACGGGUUCGAGCUACUGCGCGCUGGACAUGUUCUGGCCGUCACAGAGCCUGUCGUCAGAUCCGCAAUUGGCAGCAUCCAAGUCAGGGCGCCAAACGAUGCAGAGCGGUUUUUGCCUUAUUACGAGAGAAUCAAAAACGAGGAACAUGCCACAGGCACCUUCAAUGACCCUGGACAGGAGAAUGACGCAUUCUAUGAAUAUGACAGUGAUGGAGAGGAACACGAAGUCAAACGGGAGCCACGGCCGCCAUCCAGACGCACUCGAGUAUGGUACGGGAGUAUUGGGUCAGGAGACAAACUGGUCAAGAGCGCCUGCAAGCGGGACGUACUCAAAGCAUUAUUGAAGGAUGAGGUCAUCGGCCUCGAAAUGGAGGCAGCUGGUACCAUGAACCGCAUACCAGUUGGUGUCAUCCGAGGAGUCAGUGACUACGCGGAUGCCCACAAGAAUCACAUUUGGCAACCAUACGCUGCGGCCAUGGCUGCAGCAUACGCCAAAGCAGUCUUGGCGGCGAUUGGACAGAAUGAGGCUCCACUACCGAAGCCACAAAUGGCAUCAGCAGAGAAAAGCAAUAUUGACAAGGCAUCUCAACCGCAAUAUGUACGUGAAGGUAAAACUACGUACCAUGGACCAAUCAGUGAUGUCUUUGGGGUUGUGGUGGGAAACGUCUCUGGUGGUCGUAUCUCGGGCGCUCAGGUGACCAACAACUAUGUACAGCGAUAG